AAAGUGUCAAACACCUGCAUCAGGACUGGUGAAUUUAUAACACGCUUUUUAUGCCCCGGUAUCUCGAUCAAACCAAUUGCAUUCGUAACCCGAAGCUGGAUGCCAAUCAUUUGCUAAUGACAGCUUGUUUCGGCCUCCUCUAUUGGAGUGAAUACGGUAAACAGAAAGAAAAAGCCUGUCAGCUGAUCACUGUCUAAAAGGCAGUAAGAUGGCGGCAGAAAUCCAUUCCAGGAUGCAAAGCAGUCGGCCGGUGCUGCUGAACAAAAUCGAGGGGCACCAGGACACGGUAAAUGGGGCGAUCCUUAUCCCGAAGGAGGACGGGGUGAUCACAGUGAGCGAGGACAGUGAGAAUAAUCAAAGACUGCACCCAUCCUGGACAUUCUCUCUUCCCUCUCCCAACAGAACAAUACGUGUGUGGUUGAAACGAGACAGUGGUCAGUACUGGCCAAGCAUCUUUCACACAUUAUCAGCACCCUGUUCUGCCAUUGCCUACAAUCCCGAUCACAAACGGAUUUUUAUCGGACAAGAUAAUGGAGCAAUUGUGGAGUUCCUCAUGGCUGAAGAUUUCAAUAAAAUGACUUACAUAAAGACUUACCCAGCACAUCAACAUCGUGUUUCUGCAAUCAUAUUUUCUCCAGAGAGUGAAUGGGUUAUAAGCACAGGGCACGACAAAUACCUCAGUUGGAUGUGUACCAGAAGUGGAUGUCUGCAGGGAAGACACUGCUUUAGUGCAUGGACUUCAUGUUUACAAUACGAUACGGAAACCAGCUAUGCAUUUGUUGGUGAUGCCUCUGGACAGAUCACAUUAUUGAAGCUCGAACAGAACUCUUGCAGUACCAUUUCAACAUUAAAAGGACAUGAAGGUGGCAUUGGUGCCCUUUGGUGGGAUCCACUCCAACGGCUACUGUUCUCUGGGGCAUCUGACAACAGUGUUAUUAUGUGGGACAUUGGUGGGAGAAAAGGCAGGACUUUACUACUUCAAGGUCAUCAUGACAAAGUACAAUCUCUAUGCUACUUGCAGCUAACACGACAGCUGAUCUCCUGUGCAGCUGAUGGGGGAAUUGUGGUUUGGAACAUGGAUGUCCACAGAGAAGAGGCUCCUCUAUGGCAAGAAAGUGAUUCUUGCCAAAACUGCAAACAGCCAUUCUUCUGGAAUUUGAAACAGAUGUGGGAUACAAAGUGCCUUGGUCUGCGACAGCAUCAUUGUAGAAAAUGUGGUAAAGCAAUAUGUGGGAAAUGCAGCACAAAACGUUCCAUCUACCCGGUGAUGGGCUUUGAGUUUCAGGUACGAGUGUGCGAUGACUGCUUCAGCACUGUCAAGGAUGAAGAUCGAACUUCCUUGGCAACAUUUCAUGAAGGCAAACAUAAUAUUGUACAUAUGAAUUUGGACAGUGCAAGAGGAUUAAUGGUAACGUGUGGAAAUGAUCGCAUUGUGAAGAUCUGGGAUAUGACACCUGUUAUUGGCUGCAGUCUGGCAACAGGUUUUUCUUCCCAUUGACUUCUAAUCUCCGUAACAAUGCACUUUUCACCUACCCAGCUCAGCUGGCCCUGUCUACUUGCUACAAGGGGAUAGUGCUAUAACAGCUGACGAGAGGUUCGGCUGACAAUCUGCUCUGCGUAUGGGACCGGACAUCCACUUAGCAAAUAUUGUAUCCAACUCCAUAAGCACAGGAAAACUCUACAAAUGGAAAUUUAAAACUUUUCUGAUUAAAGAAUUGUAACAUAGUACUGAUAAUACAUAUAGUAUAUUCUAUAUUCUGUGCAAAAGCUAAACAGAUUUAAUAGAUGUCUAUAAUGAAGCAAAACUGUGGAAGACAAUUUUUAGAUACAAAAUGUGAGAUAUAUCCUGGUCAGAAUGCAAUUUUGAAAUUGAUUAUUGUAGUGAUACUCAGUCUGUUUACAGUAUAAUCAUUUUCAAUGUUGUCUUAUUAUUCCGACACAGAUUCCUGUCAUACGCAAUUUAUGACCAGGCAUGAAUAAACAGGAGGCACUUUAUAGGGAAUUCAGGCUGCAAUUUUAUAUCAAAAGUGGAAAUGUGUGGGUAUACAGGGAAAAAAUGGUCCAUCAAUCCAUUUCUUUCAAAUGGUGGCAAGUCAGAAGACCUGGUUUUUCUUCCAUGCUUACAAAGUAGGUACAUUUUUUAACAGCAGCUCAUAAUCUGAUAGAAGCAUGAAAUAAUUCUUUUGAAUGUGCUGUAGAGACAGGUUCCUAGGCAUUUUCAUGAACUUUGAGGAUUUUUUUUCAUUUUGCAGAUGAAAUUUUGAAAUUAAGUCCUUUCACAUGGUUUGUAGUAAUUAAUUAUAUCUUUAGCUGGGUUUGACUUGUUAAAGUAGCAGUUGGGCUAAUUGUAUGCAGAUUAUAGUUUCAGUAAAAGUACAUCCUGUUAUUUUUGAUGGCACCUGUUCUGUGAUUUCACAUGUUUGCUUAACAGUCUUGGUUAAUGUUCCUGAAGUCGGGCUGCACACCUGCAGUGAGCAGUUUGCAGAAAACUGAAGAAUGGUGGUUGAAGUACUACCUCCACCUUUAGUUUAAACUAAUUGUUCACUUUAAAUGAUAGGGUAUUUUAACUGUGUGGUUCCAACAGUCAUUCAACCAAGAAGUUAACUUACACUUCUAGUUUUGUUCUUUUUUUUUAAAAAAUGCAAACCUCUGCCACAAUUUUUCAUGAGAUUAGUUUCAAGAAACAGGAAAUCAAAGGGUGCUCAUGACAUGAAAAUACAAUGGCAUUGUAAUAAAUUCACGCCUGGCAAGGGAGAGUACUGCUGCUGUAGCUAAACCACUUUUUAAAAGAAAUGACCGACAUAAUUUUUUCCACUGUAAUAAAUAACAGCAUUUAAUGAUUUACAUGUGCACAAUUAUCUUAUGAGACUUUGCAUUAUCUUUCUCUCAGUUAUUUAACAUUCCACUUGUUUGGUUAAGGAGUGUAUACAUUUUGAAAUGUUUUCUUAUUUUCACUACUGUUUUACCUUGGGGAGAAAUUUGUCCUUGUCAGCUGGCAUUAAUCACUAGCAAGCGUAUUGAUCACUGGUUGGAAUUAUUAUCUGACUUUUCCAAUGAAGUUCAGAGAUAAGUACAGUCAGAGGACAAUAAUCUUGCUGGUGUUUAACAUUAACAACCAAGACUUGUUUCUCCCUUUCCCUAUGUUAUUUAUUUCUCUUCCAUUUCAAAUGGUGUACUGGGUGAAGGGAGCAAAAUGGGUAAGUGGACCCAUUUAACUAGUCUUGUUAAAGGACAGACUAGUUCAUGCGGCAUAUUUGUAUUUACAAUACGUGUGGUGGGUCUGAAGCAGUCAAUAACAAAAUUUGGUCCAGUUUUCCAUCUCCUCACCUUUGCAAAACAAAAUACAUAGUUUGUCUAUCUUGGUGAAGCUUGUUGAAAAUAAGUCUGUCUGAAGCUGCAAAAUGUAUUCUGCUCAGUUU